GGCAUGCGGACGGUUAAAUGAUCAGAGAGCUGCUGGUUGAGAGAGAGUCCCGACGUCCUGUUUCAUUCAGCAGCAGGAAGUCACAGCAACUCUGAUAGCACCACAACUGGACCACAGACAUGGCUUCAAAUAAUGGCUCAGUCGGCAAAUGGGAGGUAGUGAAGAAAGGAAAGAAAAACACCAGCUCAGGUGGAGCGAAGAACGCGACUGACAAGAAAACCGGCAGCGGGGGAAGGAAAGCCCUGGGCGAAUCUAACCAGCCAUCCAGACCACCCCUGAAGAUGUCAGAGACUCUGUAUGACGGCUUUGAGAAGAUGGGAAAAAAACAGAACAAGGAGCAGGUUCCACCAGCUGCCGAGUCUGAAAAUAAGAAACCUUCAUCAAGUAAACAAUCCAAGAAGACACCAUCCAGCAAUACAGUCACCAGUCCGACUCACAAGAGCCUCGAAGAGGCCUUCAAAGCUUUGGAUGUUGGUGACCUGAAGCAGCAGUUAGCCCGCAGUCAGACCCUGUUUCCAGAAAACCCAUCAGUGUGGCUCAAAGACCUGGCAGGAUACCUAAACCUCCAUCUGACUGCUCCAGAGGCUGAGCCCACACUCAGCAGCUAUGCUCAUGACUACCCAUACUGUCUUACAGGGAAAGAGCUGAAGGGCGUGAUCAAAAGCCUCAUCGCACGCUGCGGUGACAUUCUGCCGGAUUUAUUCGACCAUUGUGUUUAUACUAUGCUCAGGGAGCUAGACAGACAGUCAGGAGAACCUCUGCAUGGCUACAGAGUUUGCAUUCAGGCAAUCCUACAGGACAAACCCAGAAUAGCCACCCAAAACCUGCCAGAGUAUUUGGAGUUGUUGCGGUCAGUUCAGAAUCGUCCAGUGAAGUGUUUGACUAUCAUGUGGGCUCUUGGACAAGCUGGAUUUUUUGACCUCAGCCAAGGACUAAGAGUGUGGCUGGGUAUUAUGCUUCCUGUGCUCGGAGUGAAAUCCUUGUCUUCGUACGCCAUUGCAUACCUGGAGAGACUUCUGCUACUUCAUGCAAACCUGACAAAGGGAUUUGGCAUCAUGGGUCCAAAAGAGUUCUUUCCUUUGCUGGACUUUGCCUUCAUGCCCAAGAAUGCCCUGUCACCAAGUCUGCAGGAGCAGCUGAGGCGUCUGUACCCUCGCCUGAAGGUCCUCGCGUUUGGAGCCAAACCCGAAAGCACAUUACACACAUACCUGCCAUCGUUUCUGUCCAGAGCCACACCACACUGUCCAGAUGACAUGAAGAGAGAGCUGCUCAGCAGUAUGACUGAGUGUUUGUGUGUGGAUGUGCAGAGUCUAGGAGUAUGGAGGCAGCUCUAUACUAAACACUUAGCCCAGUCCAGUCUGCUGUUGAAUCAUUUAUUAAAAUCUUGGAAUAUCCUGCCACCAAAGGUCCGGAAGAACCUCGAAGAAACAAUCCAGUCUUUCAGAGUGACCAAUGAGGAGAUGAGAGACACUGUUGAAUCUCAGGACCUUCAGGAGUGCAACAGCCUGUGCCAGAAUCUGCAGGUAAAGAUGCGUGGGCGUGGCUUCCCCUGGUCCAAACUUCUCAUGGUUCUGCUUGUGUUUGUUGCCGGCUUCAUCGCCCAUGACAUCAGAUCCCACGGCUCAUUCACAGAUUCCAGCACAGCCAAGCAUCUCCGCAGCUCAGGGAUCACAGCUGUAUCUCAACAGGCCUGGGGCAAAAUAUCAGCGUACACUAAACAGGGUUUCAGCUGGUUGGAGACAAACACUCCUCAUUAUUACUCCGAGUGUGUUCGGGUUAUGGGGCCACUAAUGGAGCAAGGUCUGGAAAAGGCAAAAACAGCAGCCAUCUUCAUCUCUGAAAACACCACACAUUUUAUUCUCUGGGUCAAAGAAAAGACACCACAGGCCAUAGAAUGGGUGAACGCCAACACUCCUGACAGUGUGUUCCAGGUGUUGGACUAUUUAAAGGAGCUCCUCCUCUUCCUCCAUCAGAACUACAUCCUGCCAGCGCUGGCGUACAUAGCUGACCUGCUACAGCGAGCAUGGACCAACCUACAGGACUCCUGCAACGGCGAGGUAUCUGUAUCAUGUCUGCAGAGCCACGCUUUGUCCUUCACCAACUCCACGUGGCAGCUGCUCCAACACACGACCUCGGCCAUCAAGACGUGGGCACAGGAGCUGCUGACACGAGCAUGAUGACAUCACAGAUUCUGACUAAUUUAUACACCCACACACACACAAUAUACACACAUGAAGUUAUCCACACACACACUGACCCAGUCUGUGGCUGCCUUGCAGCGUGUCUGCUCCCGUCUUGAGCCAUGAUGGACACUGAGGGGUCAGACGAGCAAACUCUCACUCAGAAAGGACCCUUCAAUCUUGUGUUUUCGCUAAAUUUUUUAAAAUCAGUCUGCUGUUGUAUAGUUUUUUUCUACCAAUCCUUUUGUCACUGCUGGAUGCAGAGGUCGUAUCUCUCUAUCUCUCUGUCCCUGAGUUUUCUACUGCAACUUUCAGCCGAUGCUUUAAGCUUUGGGUUAAAAGAAUUGUGUAAUUUAUAGAAAAUGUAGGUUUGUAGAUGAUUUAUAAACCAUUUUUAUUUACAGAUUGAAAAAAAAAUGUCAUGUGAAAACUUUGUAAAGGGCAGGGAAAGACCAAAAAAACAUAUUCCAGAAUACUCCAAGCUACUGGUGACCUCGUCAGCUGACUUCAUCCCUGUAAUGACUGUGGCCACAUGUGUCAGGCUCAUUAAAGCCUUCAUCAAGCCUGAGAAGCUAUCUGUUGAACAGAUCACAAUGUAAAGCCUUCAUCAUGAAUGAUUUUGAUGGACUGACUCCUUCCGAAGAGUGUAUUUCCUAACCCAAAUUGGGACACAAGGAGUCUCAGAUCAGUUAAAAAACAUCCAGAAGAAGAAAUAAACCUGCUGUCUUGUCUAUUCUGCACAUGUUCUCAUCAUGUCUUUGCUGCUUCAUCAUCUGACUGCUGUUUCUCAUGCUUUUUCAUUUGCCAUUGGUAGCUCUUCACCUGAGCUAAAAGCAGCUCUGUGGUUGUGCACUCAUACUUGAAGGCUGAUGAUAUUCUUUGUUUGUGUGUGCCUGUGUGUGUGUGUGUGUGCGUGUGUGUGCGCGCGCUUGUGUGGAACAACAAGCUUAUUCUCAAUAAUGGGGACAUGAUUAACCCUGUGCCAACAUCAUCCUUUAGGCCCAAAUGUGACUAAGAAUAGGCCCAUUAACCCCUCAUCUGGGUAAAGACAAGGUUCUGACCAGUUGAUUUACUCACCCCACCUUGUAAACAAGUUGUUUGGAUGGAUAUGACAAUGACUAAUGUCUUACUUUGUAAUGUAAAUGAUUUAUAAUAAAGAAUUCAACCCUAUUCACUGUU